CCCCCUCGCGCACACAGCCAGGGUGCGCAGGUUCUACCCUUAUGAACGCCCCGGCGCACUUUAUCACGGCGCCCCCUAUUUUUCCUGAUUUGAAAAGAAUAUAUAAAACCACGAAGGAACUGUUCGGUUCAUGCUAUUCCGCAACGAGGCUCUCUCGAUCGUCUCCCAAACAGAUCUUCCACGCUGCCUCCUCUCCAAAUCCAUCGCCAACCGCGUUGCUUCUUCGCAAAUCUCUCCCACGCAUACCUCAAUCUCGCUCGCAGAUUCGCAGGCAUCGCUCUCGUAUAUCGCUUUCGAUGUUCUCUGUGUUGCUUUCUCUGCGAUUGUUGUGGAAUCGAUGCGGUGUUGAAUGCAGGUGAAUGAAUGGACGUAAGGAGUGUUUCUAACAUGCAGCUGUAUGUGAGGAGAGAGGCGAUUGCGGCAUGCAUGACGUGCCCGCUCUGCAACAAGAUCUUCAGGGAAGCCACGACCAUAUCCGAAUGUCUUCAUACGUUUUGCAGGAAAUGCAUAUAUAAGAAGCUCUCAGACGAGGAAUUAGAAUGCUGUCCGAUAUGCAAUAUUGAUUUAGGCUGUGCACCAUUGGAGAAACUGAGGCCAGACCACAACUUGCAAGAUGUAAGAGUCAAAAUCUUCCCUUAUAAAAGAAGAAAGGUGAAGGCACCUGAAGUUGCACCUUCUGUCACAUUACCAGUGAAAAGAAAGGAAAGAUCACUUUCGUCAUUGGUGGUCAACACUCCCAGAGUAUCAACACAGACUGUCAUGACAGGAAGAAGGUCAAAAGCUAUAGCAAGAAAAGUUUCCUCUUUACGAGGUUCCAGCUUUCCCAUUGAGAAGCCUGUUAAGAAAGAGGAAGACGCUGAGGAAGAUCAUCCAGAGAGCUCCAGCUCACCCCAGACUCCAGCCAAAUUCACUCAGAACAUAAGGCCGAUUUCCUCUAACACUGGGAGGUCUAGCCUCCUCGAACCUGAAAAAGAAUCAGAAAAUGGUGCUGAAACAUGGGAAAGAAAAGCUGAUCUCUGGAAACCUUUAAAUUUUUUGGUGGAAGUUGCAAAUAGGAGCAAGUCUUCAAAAUAUACUUCACAAGGAUCUGUUGCUAAAUCAGAACCAUUACUUGCUCCUGAUAGUGAAGGACGUGCUCGCAAAACAAAAGCCAAGGAGCAUGGAACCAGAUCCAGAGCCGAAGAUGAGAAGGAUAGUUUUGAACCUGUUUCUUCGGGUACAGUCAAGCCUAAAAAGUUGCGGAGGAUUCGUCGAAAAAAGGAAGGUGUUUAUGGUGAAUCAGGAGUUUCAGCCCAAGCUGUGCUGGAUGCUGCUAUUGCUAAACGAGAAAGAAGGCUUAGUCCAGUUUGGUUCUCACUGGUGUCUUGUGAAGGCCGGGGAGGCCAGGCACCCCUGCCUCAGAUACCUGCAAGUUAUCUGAGAAUAAAGGAUGGUAAUGUACCUGUCUCUUUUAUCCAAAAGUACCUGAUGAGGAAGUUGGAUCUUACACAUGAAGAUGAGGUUGAGAUUAGAUGCAUGGGCCAACCGGUAGUCCCCACGUUGCAACUCAAUACUUUAGUCGACUUGUGGCUACAAACAGCUUCAACUUCACAAAGGGUAUCGGCAUCCAUUGGCUCAUCAGCAAAGGAUUUCGUAAUGGUGUUGGCCUAUGCUCGCAGGGUUCCACCUUCCUGAAUCGUUUCCUCCACAUUCUUUCUCCAUCGACUCCUCAAUAACAUCUGGCCCUUGGACUCCAUGGGAGGACAAAGUUGUAGUUCCUGCUCGAUGCAUCAUCCAUCUCCCGCACAUACAUUCUCAGUAAGCAGCCUCCUCCUACUGCAACAACCAUAGAGAUGUGCACUACAAGCGCACUCGGCAGAAUUUAUACUUAAUUGUAGUGCGACAAAGUUCUAUUUGUUGAGAAUUUCAAGCUCAUGUACCCAUUUGUGUGUUUCAUAGCUCAUUGUAGGUGAAUUUUACAAUUAUCACUUGUGCCUAUGCUCUUUCAACAUGUUUGUAACAUUUGUAUUUUCUCAAGAAAUUGGAAUCUGCUGCAGAUUAUUGUU